AUGGGUCGCCUUCACAGCAACGGAAAGGGCAUAUCGGCCUCUGCAAUCCCCUACUCUCGAACUCCCCCGGCGUGGUUGAAGACCACCCCCGACCAAGUCGUUGACCAGAUCUGCAAGCUCGCAAAGAAGGGUGCUACUCCAUCGCAAAUCGGUGUCGUGCUCAGAGAUUCUCACGGUAUCGCCCAAGUCAAGGUCGUUACUGGUAAUAAGAUUCUCCGAAUCCUCAAGUCCAAUGGCCUCGCCCCAGAGAUUCCGGAGGAUCUGUACAUGUUGAUCAAGAAGGCCGUUGCUGUCCGCAAGCAUCUCGAGCGAAACCGCAAGGACAAGGACUCCAAAUUCCGAUUGAUUCUCAUCGAGUCCCGUAUCCACCGUCUGUCUCGAUACUACAAGACCGUCGGUGUCCUACCACCCACCUGGAGAUACGAGAGCGCCACUGCAAGCACCAUGGUCGCAUAG